AUGGCUCCAUUUGAGGCUUUGUAUGGGAGGCCAUGUAGGACACCCCUAUGCUGGACCCAAGUGGGGGAGCGCAGCAUGUAUGGAGCUACUUAUGUUCAGGAGACUACAGAGAAGGUCCGUGUUGUGAGGCUGAACAUGAAGGAGGCUCAGGAUAGGCAGAAGAGUUAUGCAGAUAGACGCAGACGAGAGCUUGAGUUUCAGGUUGGAGAUAGAGUGUAUCUCAAGAUGGCUAUGUUGAGGGGUCCUAACAGAUCCAUAGCAGAGACAGUGGUGGAUCCACAUUGA